AUCUCCGCUGAGAGGCCCGCGGGGCGCACAUUUUCCGUGGUCAGUCCGUUUCCCGCCGUCCUCCGUUCCUGUUCCGCAAUCAUGGUGGAAGUGAUGGAGUUACCGAGGUCGCGCAUCAACGCUAGCAUGAUCUCUCAGUUCAUCGACCGCCCAGUCUGCUUCGUGGGGCGGCUGGAAAAGAUUCAUCCCACUGGGAAAAUGUUUAUUCUUUCAGAUGGAGAGGGGAAAACUGGAACUAUUGAAUUGAUGGAGCCUCUUGAUGAAGAAAUCUCUGGGAUUGUGGAAGUAAUUGGAAAAGUAACAGCCAAGGCAACCAUUAUGUGUGCAUCUUAUAUCCAGUUUAAAGAAGAUAACCAUCCUUUUGAUCUUGGACUUUACAAUGAAGCUGUGAAAAUUACCCAUGAGUUCCCACAGUAUUUUCCUUUGGGAGUUGUACAGUCUGAUUAAUCUUGAUGAAAUUUUGUGAUUGCAAAUGAGCUAGCUACACAGUAGACUAUUAAAAGAAGCCACUGUAA